ACACCGACACUCCCUUUCUAUGCCUUUUCCCCAGUAGAGGGAGAAAGAUGGCGCCCACACACGUACUGAGAUGCUGUCAACGGGGUUUAGCAUGGAUACCUGUGAUUUUUAUCGCCCUGGUCGUCUGCUGGUCGUAUUAUGCCUAUGUGGUGGAGCUUUGUAUAUUCACCAUCCCCAGUAUAGGAGAGCAGAUUGUCUACCUGAUCUUCUUCCACCUCUUUUUCAUCAUGUUUGUAUGGUCUUACUGGAAGACCAUCUUCUCUCAACCUGCCAACCCUUCCAAAGAGUUCUGCCUGCCUAAGGCUGAGAAGGAGCGUUAUGAGAAGGAAGAGAGGCCAGAGUCCCAGCAAGAGAUUCUAUGGAGAGCUGCCACCAGUCUGCCUCUGUACACCCGCACAGGAGCCGGAGCAAUCCGUUACUGUGACCGCUGUCAAGUUAUCAAGCCAGACCGGUGUCAUCAUUGCUCCGCGUGUGACAUGUGUGUGCUGAAGAUGGACCACCAUUGUCCCUGGGUGAACAACUGUGUCGGAUUCUCCAACUACAAGUUUUUCAUCCUCUUCCUGGCUUACUCGCUGGUGUACUGUUUAUUCAUUGCAGCCACCGUACUGCAAUAUUUCAUAAAGUUCUGGACACUUUGCCGGAGGAAAUCGGCAGAGAACUGCCCAAAGAAUGAGCUGCCAGACACUCACGCCAAAUUCCAUGUCUUGUUUCUGUUUUUUGUGGCGGCCAUGUUCUGCAUCAGUAUUCUGUCCCUCUUCAGCUACCACCUGUGGCUUGUAGGGAAGAACAGGUCCACUAUAGAGGCGUUCAGAGCACCAGUCUUUAGGACAGGCUCUGAUAAGAACGGCUUCUCUCUGGGUUUCCGGAAGAAUAUCGCUCAGGUCUUUGGAGACCAGAAGAAGUACUGGCUGCUGCCCAUCUUCACCAGCCAGGGAGAUGGUCUGACGUUCCCUACGCGGCUGGUCAACGCUGAUGUAGAGCAGGCCACGGUGACCCUGCAGCCCGAGCCCAAUAACAGAGCUGCUGAACUCCCUGUGAGCCCUGUGACCCCCCUCAGCGAGUCACAGAACCGCCUCCUAAGCAACGACCAGCAUGCCAACAACAUUGGAGACCAUCAGGCUGAUAGCACCCUCAAAUCAGCUGAUAGGGAAACCAUUACAGUCUCCAUGGAGAGCGAGUCCUAACCAGGAGAAACUCCUCAGUCAUCUAAUACAAUGCCUUAAGCAACGCAACAGUUAAGUUUGUCACCAUGGCAACAGUCUCCCAGCGCAACCCCAUUCCCACAGACCCAUUCUGACUUACGAUGGAAAUGCAUUUAUUUUGCCCAUCCACAGCACAGUAAUUGGCAUUUUUCGCAUGCAGUGUCAUAAGCAAAUCGCACACCUACCCCCAUAGGACAUGUGAUACAAGCCUGUUCCCUCUCACACCAAUGCACACACACACACACACACACACACACACACACAC